AUUUGUUUAUAAAUAUUUUAUGUUGUAUUUCCAUAUCAUCCUACAAGGCUACAGUAGUACAGUCACAGAAUUAAACUUCAAGGUAAUCUGGCACAAGUCAUCUCUUAAAGUCAAUUAGUAUUGUUUUUGUAGGUCAGUAGACUACAUUUCAGUGUAUUCAUAUUUUUGUUUUCUCUAGCAACUCCAUAAAAAUGAUUACAGUUAACCAAGUAUUUCGUAAUGUAUGCCGUAACUCUAGAUGUGUUAUUGGAAGUAGGAAGUAUAGUGAACAAUCUCAAGAGACACCUUUCAGUUUAGAAUUAUCUGAUACACAAAAGGAAUUUCGUGACUUGGCAAGAAAAUUUGCUCGAGAAGAAAUUAUACCUGUUGCUGCUGAAUAUGAUAGGACUGGUCAGUACCCUUGGGAUAUAAUAAAAAAAGCACACUCAAUUGGACUUCUCAAUGGCCAUAUUCCUGAACAUUGUGGUGGUAUGAACAUGUCUGUAAUGGAUGGGUGUUUGGUUGCUGAAGAACUGGGUUAUGGAUGUACUGGAAUUAAAACUGCUCUAGAAGCGAGUGGUUUGGGUCAAAUGCCAGUUAUCAUUGGUGGAAAUAAAGAACAACAAAAAAAAUACCUUGGAAGGUUAAUUGAAGAGCCUUUAGUAGCUGCUUAUGGUGUAACAGAACCUGGUGCUGGUUCAGAUGUCAAUGCUUUAAAAACAAAAGCUGUGAAAAAGGGUGACGAAUAUAUCAUUAAUGGACAAAAAAUGUGGAUAACUAAUGGUGGUGUAGCCAACUGGUAUUUUGUAUUAGCUCGCACUGAUAUGGACCCUAAAGCACCAGCUAGUAAAGCAUUCACUGGUUUUAUUGUUGAUGCUGAUACACCUGGGCUUACACCUGGGCGAAAAGAAUUAAAUAUGGGACAAAAAGCUUCAGAUACUAGAGGAAUUACUUUUGAAGAUGUUCGAGUACCCAAAGAAAAUGUAUUAACUGGUGAAGGCCAAGGCUUUAAGAUUGCUAUGUCAACAUUUGAUAAAACUAGACCACCUGUAGCUGCUGGAGCCGUUGGCUUAGCUCAAAGGGCAUUGGAUGAAGCUGCCAAGUAUUCGCUUGAAAGAAAAGCAUUUGGAGUACCCAUUGCUAAACAUCAAGCUGUUGCUUUUAUGUUAGCUGAUAUGGCCAUUGGUAUUGAAGCUGCUCGACUUACAUAUAUGAAAGCUGCAUUUGAAGUUGAUCAAGGACGACGCAAUUCUUAUUAUGCAUCAAUUUCUAAAGCUUAUGCUGCAGAUGUAGCAAAUAAAUGUGCAACUGAUGCCGUACAGAUAUUUGGUGGAAAUGGUUUCAACACAGAAUACCCUGUAGAAAAGUUAAUGAGAGAUGCUAAAAUCUAUCAAAUUUAUGAAGGUACUGCACAAAUCCAACGGUUGAUUAUUUCAAGAGAAAUUAUUGAAAAAGCCAAACAAAAUAUGUAAAAAGAUAUAUUAAAAUACAAAUUAAAAAUAAACUGUUAAAUUACAAAAUUAAAUAUUUAUUUUUAUAUUUUAACAUUAUAACGGAUUGGUAAAAUGUAUGUAUUAAGAAAUAUUGUUAUAUAAACAUUAAAUAUACUUUUUUUUUAAUAUUUAA